GAUACCGCCGUUAAGUGGAGGCUAAGCAAUUCAACAUGAACCACAUUAAAUUGAUUGACGGCCCACUCGACGUCACUUAUGCAAUAACAUUGAUAGGUGAUCCGAGUUGCGGAGCAUCUUCUGUUUUUAUAGGAACCACACGUGAUAGUUUUGAAGGAAAAAAAGUAGUAUCAUUGACAUAUGAAGCAUACGAAAAUAUGGCACUUAAAGAAAUGGAUAAAAUCUGCACAGACCUCCGUGCAACUUGGCCCGAGUUGAAACACAUUUUAAUACAUCACCGAUUAGGCACAGUUCCAGAAAACGAAGCAAGCGUCAUUAUAGCUGCUUCAGCCCCGCAUCGUUCCGCAGCAUUGAACUCAGUAACGCUGGCCAUAGACCAACUAAAAUCCCGUGUACCCAUAUGGAAAAAAGAGAUAUACGAGGGCGACGAAGCUGAAUGGAAAGAAAAUUCAGAGUCGAUCAGGCCUAAGAAAUCAUCCUUAAAUAGUUUCAAUUAUUCUGCUUGUGAGUGUGUGGUCGACGAGUCGAACGUUGUACCUCGAAAUUUAGUACAAAUUAGAGCUAAUGACAGCGAGCUAAUCAAACGUUUAGAAUGUUUUUUUAAAAGAAAGCGAUCGGAAAUAAAUUUGCACAAUGUAAUGGACUUUAAGCAGUCCAACUUAAUGUCUAACAUUGAUUCCGGCACAGAAGUAAACGUUUCUUGCGCUAGAACUCAAAGUACUGUUUCAAAACAAGAACAGUCGAAUUGUCAUUUGAAAGUGCGGCGUGUUUCAAAUCGCUGUGGACCACAACAGAUGCAGCUCCGGCCCAAAUACAAACUCGAACUUAAUAGGCUAAUGGCAUCGCAUGUUUCCACUACUGAAAUGGGGAAAUCAUUACACAAUUCGCGUUUACAUGUUAUUGAAACCUACAUGGGCUUGACUGCCAAUGACAAUGAAAAUAUUAUUAAUCGUAUUAAAAACGUCGAGGACAGAAUUUUACUGUUGGAGUCCAUCUCGCCAGAAUACCAGCAUUUUACUCAGUUCGAGCAGUCGUGUAUGGAUCAAUCGGACCAAAAAAGAACAAAAAAAACCUACUCCGCCAACGAACUGCGUGCAUAUAUCAAUGUCAAAAAAAAGGAAUGUCCUUAAAACUUAAAAAUAAACAUGGAUACAAUUUAUUAAUGCACAUCUU